UAUGUAAGCCUACAGUGUUAGUGAAAACAUCUCUGCAUAUAAUUGAAUUAUAAGUGUUCGAUUUUCCAUUAUAAGAGAUCGGAUGGGAAGAAUGGCGAUAGGACGGAUAAUCAUAUUAUCCGCGUUAGUUGCUCAAGCAUUAUCAGCGCCAAGUGGCUGCAUAGAAACCUGCAACUUCCUCCAAACGAAUGUUCGGCAAACGUUGGGCAGUUAUCAAGAUCAUGCGAAUUUAGUUCAAGGAACGACACAUCUAAAUGAUCAUGAUUACAUCAGACCAGGAAACUGGACCGAACAUAAUCAGUACAACACGGACAGUGGGCAUGGCAAGGUUCACGAAGAACGAGGACAAUACGUACAAGGAUCAAAAAGGGUACGGUAUUACAAAAAGAAUUUUACCUCGUCCUACGGCACAGAUAACGUACACGGAGUGAAUGCAGCGGAAUUAGGCGAAUUGAGCGGACAACACAGAUAUGAUUCCUUACACGUGCCAAGUAACCAACAUCUCGAUUCCCAAAGCGCAUAUGAUCUAGGACAGACAGUCAGAAAAGAGACUGGAUAUAAUAGAGUGCACAGUCAACAAACAGAAUCAUUGUCAACAAGACUCGAUAGUAAGAGCGAGAGGCUGGAAGAUUUUGGAGAAUACGACGGAUAUUCGCAGGCGAAUCAACACGUUCCCGGCACUAACACUCACGCGAUCGACACGCAGCACCGUGUCGAAACAGUUCCCAAUAAUUGGAGCAGAGCAGAUUCUUACAGGACCGACGGUGGUCGUGGACAGGUCUUCGAGGAGGAAGGUCAAUACGUAACCGGGCCCAAAAAGGUCCGCUAUUAUAAGAAAAACUAUACAUCCAGCUAUAGUUCGGGCGUUCCUCAAACCAGCGUUAGCUCAGUGAAACUGGAUCAAUUACACAACGAAAUGCAAAGGAAUUUGCAGAAAGAUCUCGACAAUUUUAGGACUUUUCAAGUCUCUAGCACCGGCCACACUGCCUCCACCACGCACGUAGGUUCGACUCAGGAAGCAGUCGGUACCCACGAUUUGCAGACUGCCGAGAACGAUUACAGGCAACAUUUGGGCUAUCGGGGCGUCCCAUCCACCGGAAGUGUGCAUCAUUAUACUGAUCAGCAGCAAAGAGAAACACUCACCGAUGUAAGGCAGCCGUACUCGUAUCCUACCGCGGCCGCAAAUACAUAUGACACGGAGAGCCACAGAGCUUAUCAGAGUCAUGAGACCCACACGUCCAGAGUACAUCCCGUGCCUCAAUCGAGUCACUCAUCCCUCGGUUACCUGCAAGUUCCCAGAGACAGUUUUCAAACGAGCUAUCACAAUGCGCAUUCGAGUGGACAUCACUUGGACGACACCCGCCAAACGGAUGUCUUGGGCACACAUCAGUCUAACGUGCUUCAGAAUCAGUUGCUCACUCAGGAUUCCCAGCGCGUGUAUAAUCCGCAUUCAAGUCAUGCCACUUAUCCUAGCAGACAUGGCGAAACGCGACGCUACGAAGAGCACUGGAGUUCUUCCAGUCAUGGGGGAAGCGUAGCUCCAGAGCGGACCAUCGCGGAUCAUUCUAGACACGGUGUUGGUCACGCGGAAAGAGCGCAUUACGAUCGAGACGCAUAUAACGAGCAUCAUGGACGUUAUCAUACCGCUCAGGGAUACGAGUCUCGUGCACGUACUAGCGGUAGCAGUCAUGAUUCUGCGUACAGAGCAAACUCGGCGCAACUCGUCACCGGGUCGCUGGACUUGGGCCACGUAGCGCAUGGCGCCGACUGCACAGAGGAGACUCAUCAGCAAUAUCAACACGAAACCAGAUACAAUAGGAAGUACAAGCGAGACGUUUAUCAUGGCAACGCUCAGGAACACCAAGCAAUCGAAAACGAGGAUUUCACGCAGCAAAAUCAAGAGUUCGGUCAAGAGUCUCAACAAUUGAAAGAUUUGACACAGCAGAGUGAACAAUUUACACAGCAGACACAAGGAUCCGAUGAUUUCACGCAACAAACGAGUGGUAAGCUUGAACUCGGCCAGCAAACUGUUGAUAAUCAGCACUUGGAUGAUUUAAAGCAGCAAAGCGAACAAUUCACACAACAGACGGAAGGUCAACUUGAAUUUGGCCAGCAGACUGUCGAUAAUCCGCACUUAAAAGACUUAACGCAGCAGAGUGAACAAUUCACGCAGCAGACGGAGGGUCAGCUUGAAUUCGGCCAACAAACUGUUGAUAAUCAGCAUUUGGAUAAUUUGAAGCAGCAAAGCGAACAAUUCACGCAACAGACGGAAGGUCAACUUGAAUUUGGUCAGCAAACUGUCGAUAAUCCGCAUUUAGAAAAUUUAACGCAGCAGAAUGAACAAUUUACACGAGAGAUACAAGGGCAUGAUCAUCAACAAAAGAGUGGCAAACUUGAAUUCGGACAACAAACCGUUGAUAGUCAACAUUUAACACAGCAAAGUGAACAAUUUACGCAGCAAACGGAGGGGCAGCUUGAAUUUGGCCAACAAACUGUCGAUAAUCCACAUUUAAAAGAUUUAACGCAGCAGAAUGAACAAUUUACACAACAGACACAAGGACUUGAUCAUUUCACGCAACAAACGAGUGGUAAGCUUGAACUCGGCCAGCAAACCGUCGAUAGUCAUCAUUCGGAUGAUUUAACACAACAAAGUGAACAAUUCACGCAACAGACAGAGGGUCAACUUGAAUUUGGCCAGCAGACUGUCGAUAAUCCACACUUAAAAGAUUUAAUGCAACAAGACUUCGACGGUUUUAGUCAACAAACGAGUGGUAAACUUGAAUAUGGCCAACAAACCAUUGACAAUAAUCAGCAUUUGGAAGAUUUAAUGCAACAGAAUCAACAGUUUACACAACAGACACAAGGAUCUGAUGAUUUCACGCAACAGACGAGUGGUAAAAUUAUAUUUGGACAGCAAGCUGAUGACACUCAACAAUUAGAGCAAUUUACACAGCGAACAGCAAGAUCGGAUAGUUUAACCCAACAAACUCAACUAAGUAAACAUGAAUUCGGACAGCAAAUUGAUAAUCAACACCUAGAAGACCCGUUACGGCAAAGUGAACAGUUUGCACAGACACUGAGAUCGGACGAUUUUACACAACAAUCUGUUGGUAAACUGGAAUUCGGUCAACAAACGCAAUCAAUAAAUAAACCUGCCAAGCCGAAAAGUCAACGUCUGGAGGAAUUCAAUGAACAAAAUCAAGAUUUUACUCAACAAACGGGAGGAUUUGAUGAUUUUAUGCAACAAAUAGGACACCUAGAAAUUGGACAACUGCAACAACCAAAAGACAGCAACUAUCAUUUGGAAGAUUUCACUCAACAGAAUGAAGACCUAACUCAACAGACUGGAGGAUUCGAUGAUUUCUCACAACAAACAACAGGACAUUUGGAAUAUGGACAACAAAGAGAACAGCAGAGACCUAGCUGGCCGGAACAUAAUACACAACGCUUGAAACAUUAUUCACAACAAAAUGAUUGGAAUACAGACGAUCUUUCGCAACAAUCGCAAUUAGAACAAGCGUUACAAAAAACAAAUUUCGAACGAGAUUUUCUUCAACAAACCGAUCAAGAUCAAAUAACAACUAAUGUAAAACCAGCACCAAAACCAAAACCAAGACCACGAUAUCAGAAACACGAUUCCAUUCCGCCACGUACAGAUACAACAGACACAAUUAUUGAUGACGUUUUUAAACCAGUUGAGGUAAACCCGGAGCCUGAUAUAGAAAACUUCCGUGGAAGAAUUAUCGAAUCUGGCAGUCGUGCAACAUAUCCUGAAUCCAAUCAUCAUACAUCGACGGUAUACUCGACUCAAGGAAGCAGCGUAUUUCACAAUCAAAGGGAAAAUGUGGAUCGUUUACAUUGGGUGCAUAAUUCAAAUGAUGCUACAGUAGGUUUGCAGUGGCAUUAUACUUAUCAUCCAAGUGACUUAACUAAUGUCGAAGGUUCACAUGAUAAUUAUUAUCCCCGUCAUAACGUUAACUCGAUGUCGCAGCAAACAGAAGAUACACAACAACAAUCUAAACCAAUUGAUUUUAACCAACAAGAAACACAAGAUAAGGACAGAUUAGAAAAUAAGCAUCAAAAUUCGUACAUUUCUCAAUCAUCGGAACAUGAUGAAUAUAAUCAACAAUCAGGAUCAUUUCAACACACGUUCCACUUUGACGAUCAAUUUAAUCAAGAUUCCGAACAAACCGCAAGAGUUAUUCCACUGCAACGCAACGAAAAGGCUCAGUUAAUUCUAGAACAAGAGAAACGAUCAGUACCAACUACCGAACAAACAGGAGAUAAACCAGAGUCACGAAUCUUGCAAGCGUAUGGCGGAGGGCCAUAUGAUGCAUCGCGUAGUGAUGACUUUUAUAUCAGAAUUAGACCGAAUCCCAGUGCUACCUUACCACCCAUUGGUGGUGAUGAUUCAUGGGAUAUCAGAGAAAAACCAAGAGAAGCAAUAAUACCACGAUCCACAGUGCGUAAUACACAAGAAUAUGUAACUACAACAGAAAUGGCAGGAACAACAACAGAGAUAACACAGAUGACAACCCAACCAUCCUUUUGGAGAAGAGUUGGUGAUAAAAUAACUAAUACAUACGACAAAGCCAAAGAAAAAGCUAAGGAGAUCUUUGGCUAGAUAUUACAUCUUACUUAUUUAAGAAUUACUUAUUUAUGCAUGGAAAAAUUUCUUUCGCACUCUAAGUUGAAUUGUUACAUUUAUUUAUGAUGUAUUUGCAGUUACCAAUAAAAAAUCAAGCGAAUUAGGAAUGAAACUCAUAAACACAUAUCAUAAAUUCAUAACUUUAAUUAAUAUUCUGAAUUAGUAGUAUUAAAACAU